UCAGCGGCUUUCACUCUGACUACAGGUCACUAAAUACUGCCAACGAUUUUAACAAGAUACCAUAAGAAACGGAUACUUUUAAGAAUAAGACGUACCCAUGGGGGGUAAGAAUAAACAGCGAACUAAAGGAAAUGUUCGGCCGUCGAGCAGCGGCCGAGCUGCUGAGGUGCUCACCCGGGAAGGUGGCGUCAUCCCGGGGUUUGUGGGCUUUGAUUCAACGGUCACUUCGGAGCUGAGUUAUGUCCCCGCUGUUCACGGCGCUGAGGACAUAGACAACCUGGUUGAUGCCGAUUUCCGCCUGGUGCUCAGGAAACUGUCGAAGAGGGAUGUUGUCACCAGACUAAAAGCUGUUCAAGACUUUGGGUCCAUGUGUCAAGAACGGGAUGCUGAAGAGGUUAAAGGGGUCCUGCCAUACUGGCCAAGGAUUUACUGCAAGAUAUCAGUGGAUCAUGACCGCCGCAUCAGGGAGGCCACCCAGCAGGCUUUUGAACAGCUGGUGCUGAAAGUACGCCGCAGCUUGGCCCCCUUUCUGAAGAGCUUGAUGGGCCACUGGAUUCUGUCCCAGUGUGACACUUACACACCUGCAGCCUCUGCUGCAUGCCAGGCCUUCCAGGCUGCUUUCUCACCCACUAAACAGCCUGAGGCUCUCAGCUUCUGCAAAGAUGAGAUCCUAAACGUACUUCAAGAUAUUUUGUUAAAGGAAACGGCAGACACACUGAGCGAUCCGCAAAGUGUGACUGAGGAGGAGAGAGAAGCCAAAUAUGUGCGCAUGCUGACCAGUUCUCUGCUUGGGGUGAAGAGACUGCUCUCCCUGCUCCUCCAGAAUGACAGGAAUGCCCUGGAACAAAAACUAGCACAUCUUGUUAACUCUGGGAAGUUCUGGAAGUACAGCAAACACAAGACACCACAGGUGCGAGGGGCAUUAUUCGAGAUGGUGUGCGCUCUGUGUGAGUUCACUCCAGCGCUGGUCCAGGCUGAAGCGGCACGACUUUGCCCCGCUGUUCUCCUCAGCAUUGAUGACACAGAUCCUGUAGUGCUGCCUCCUGUGUGGGAAGCUGUUCUUUACGUUGUGUCUACGAUCCCUGAUUGCUGGACACAUGUGAAUGCCAAGAAGGGCUUCCUACCUAAACUUUGGGCUCUACUGAAAGAGGGUGGCAAAGGCAUGGCUAAAGCACUUCACCCUAAUCUAAUGCCUCUACUCAGCAAACUGCCCCAGCAGGUCACCGAUCCGAUCUUGGACUUCAACACCACCUUCUUCACUUCCCUCACACAGGGCCUUUCUAGUGAGCGUGCAGCAGUAAGUCCUUCGGAAAGUGCAGUUAUAGUGACUUCUGUUGUUGAGUGCUUGAGGUACUGCAUACUGCAGAACACAGAAGAAGUGGAGGAUCAGAGAAAAAUAAGGACCAUGCUUAUUUCACAGCAGCUACUACCACAACUAGAAAAGGCUUUUGGAAAUCCCUCCCUUCAGAAUGGUCCUCUCUUCCUUUUGGUCACUGAAAUGCUUGUUUCCUGGGAGAAGAGGGCAGGUUCACAGUGUGAAGGUGAAACAAAUGACAGCAAGGAUGUCUUUCAAGGGCUUCUGGCAGACUUCUGGGAGGAGCUCGGUCUUCUCUUUGUGCGUUAUGUCGACAACGAGGAAGCGGAUCCACAGGCUUUGGAAGGGGUAGCCACCUUGCUGCAGGUGAUGCGUUACCCUGAGAGGGUAAACAGAAAGCACACCCAGAAGAAGAAAUCUGUCAAGAUCUGUUUCUCUAAGCCAGAGGACAAUGAGAAAAUGGAAGUCGAGGGGGAUGUUGUUGAGAAGCCUGUGCAGACAGUGUCAGAGCUUGUGAAUGAGAAGACAUUUGGAUCCCUACAGACCCAGCGUUUUGAGGAUGUAGUUUGCCAGCUGGCACAACUGUGCCUGGUGCAUGUGAAUGAGAAAAACUCAGAGAGACAUCUUGUUUUCCUCUCCCUUCUCCUGCAGUCCUUCCACACACCCAGGGUCUUCAGUACUUUGGUCGAAUUGGAUGAUAGAAUAACAAAGGAUGGCGAGCAGAGAGACGAACUGAAUAUGAAAAAUCCAGCGAUGCAGUUCCUGUUGGAACGGGUGGUUGUGUGGCUUUCUGAGAAGGGGCGCAGAAACACAGAGCACCUGGUGGAGAUGGUCUUCAGCUCACUAUACUGCUGCAGCCAGCAGGAGACCACCCGCAUACUCAACCACAUCACCACGAUGGAUUUACAGUGGGGAAUUAUUCUGCAAAUUAUACAGAGGGCCUGUGCAGAUGCUCAGACUCUAAAGAGCUGUAAUCAUUGGCUGAAAGGUUCAGUUCUGGGCGAGCAGCUCUUGGGAUUGACUGAGGAACUGUGCAAGGUGGGACGCUGCUCUCCCAGUUCUACCUCUUCUACAAGCAGCCACAAUUGGACGCUUAUCAGCCUGGUCCUCUCUCAACACCACAACAACGAGCCUCUGAUAGGGGAGGUGUACAUGGAGAAGAUCUUAGAGAAGCUCCACGCCACUCUGUCUGAGACCAAGAGUCUUUCAGAUGCGGGCAACAUGGAGCCACUCAUCUCCUUCAUCUGUGACGUAGCCUCCACAUUCUUCUCUUCUGUACAAGACUGUCUUCUACUACUCUCUGCUGAGGAACUGUUGCUUAGUGUCUUCAAGCUCAUCGCCCAAGAUCAAACACACACUCACCUGUCUGAUUCACUUUUAGAUAAGCUGAGGAAAGUGUGUGUGGCUGGGGUCCAGUCAUUGGUCCAACACUCUGAAUACGAGGUCAAGGAAGGUGGUUUCCUUCACAGUGCAGCUGUUUGGGUGAAAAACCAACUACUCACUGUCUCUCUGGACAUUGAAAGUUUACAGGUUCUGGUUCUGGCUGUACAGAGGAUAGUGGAAACAAUUUCCUCUGUUUGUGAUCAAGACUCCUUACUCCUCGUCCAAUUCUUUACGUUGUUGAUGCCUAGCCAGACAGAAUGGACAAGAAUUAGACAGGCCUUACCUCCUCAGUGGAUCAAAACACCCUUACUGUCCAGCCAUCACAGAGGAGUUUGGGAAAAACCCUCAAUGGACAUCUGGAAGUUUAAGGUGCCAAACAGGUUGCCAGCUCACCUAUGUGCCUGUGCCCUGUUAGGAAGGGCGGCCAAGACUGUUGCAGCUAUUCCUCAUGACCAAAAGGAAGCGCAAUGCCCUUCACACCGUCCAAACCUUACGUACACUGUUUCAGAGCUCCUCUAUGCACUUCAGUGGUGUAAAGAGGUAGAGUACAGCCCAAGUAUAGUGUCCUCCUAUCACAACCUGCUGACUGACUGGAGGCUGUCAGAAGGGCUCCACAGCCUGGUCCCAGUGAAACACCUGCUGGAGACGCUCUACUCAAGGUCAGUGGAGGAAGGAGGUCUAUGGUCUUUGACUCUAGAAAACUACAUCCACACGAACAACUUGGCAGCUACUGGCAGUGCAGCCGUGAGGCAGCUGUACGGCAGUGUAGACAGUUUGUUCCCAGUGUCUCAAAGCAAACUGAGCACGCUCCAGGUGCUGUGUCCUACUAUGACCGUAAAAGACAGAGAGACUCUGAUAGCCCUUGCUACUGCUGGAAUAAUCAACUGGCAGGAGGAUGACAAUGUGUAUGGGUGUCUGGUGGUGCUGCUGUGCUGUCUGAGGGCCAGCGCUGAAAUAGAGGAGGAGGUUGUGCAAGCUAUCCUGGCUACUCUGAUGGAGUGGAGGAACUGUAAGGAGGACUGGUUCCUGUUUAACAGUGACCUGUCAAAAGCAACUGCAGAACAGCUGAACCUUACUGUGGAAAUGAUGCGGUUCCUGUCCUGGCUGGUGGCUCAUUGUCCAACAGUUCUUGGCAGCAGCCAGUGGGACUUCUUGCUCUGCUCCAUGUUGGCCUGGUUGGAGACCGCCAGCGAGAAUGUGAGCAGUCUGUGGAACCCAUGGGUGCAGCUAUUUGUGUGUGAGAACGCUGCACUGAUAGUGAAGCUGAACCAGUUCUUUGCAUCCCCCUUGCCUGACAUUCUGGAGAAACUGCCGUCGGAACUGGCGAGUGAAUGGACAGACUUCUUUGUAGAGGGAAUCUACAACCUGCUGUUGCCUAUGCCUGUCAAUAUCACAGAUGCCUUCACUGAACCGGAUGAUCCUGUGUUCCCGUUGGCGGUACUGCAGUCAGUCGGUAUGGCUCUGACAUAUGUGCCUGUGCAGCAGCUAAAUCAGAACUCCCUGCCACCACGGUUCAUAGCAGACCAGAAGACGAACCUGCCAGAGCCCCUUCAGACGCUCCUCAAUACUUUCUGUCCUCUGUUGCUGUUUAAGGCCAGACCUCUGCAGAUCACUGUCUACCACCUUUUGGAAAAGGUCAUGCCUCAGCUGCCAGAGUGUGAUGGAGAAGGAGACAGCAACAAAUCUGAUGAUGAUAGAGAUGAGCCAUGUCUUUCUCCUCCAGCUUCUCUCAUGGCCAUCCUGUCAACCUGUGAGGAGCUGUGCGACAGUAUCCUGGCGGGUGUUCAGAUAGGGGAGUGUGCAGUGGUCCAGCCUCUCAGUGUGGAGUACUCCUGCAUCCUGGGAUACCUGCUGGCCUGGAAGCUGCUCCUCACUUUUUUCAAAUCCUCACCUUCCCACCUGCGUGCCCAUUAUGCCCAGUAUCUGAAGAGAAGCUGCUCCCUUAACAAGCUCCUCCUCCACCUCUUCAAGCUGAUGCCUGAGAUCCCCGUCUACCCAGGCCAGGGGCCAGAGACAAAGGAGACGAAAACAUUCUUUACAGAGAACCUGUCUCUGGCUGUUGACAAAAGUGACAGCGUUGAGUGGGAGCUCCCUCACCUGGCUUGCAGUGUAUACUACAGCACAGUGCAGGACCUGCCGGCCAUGGUGCGGCUGUGGUGGAACAGCCAGGAAAAGAGAGUGAGCACAGCCGUGGAGAAGUUCACAAUUAAAUACGUCAGCCCUGUUCUCUCAGCUCAGGAGAUCUCAUCUGUCCACUCCAGCACUCAGAUGUUUGACAGCAUGACUGUGAAGGCCCGCUCAGCAGCACGGGAGGUGAUUGCUACCUAUUCUGUGGAUGACAUCUUCAUCGAGUUGGUGAUUCAGCUACCACAGAACUACCCCCUGGGCUCGAUCACUGUAGAGAGUGGGAGGCGCGUUGGUGUUGCCGUACAGCAGUGGAGGAACUGGAUGCUGCAACUUAGCACGUACCUCACACAUCAGAAUGGCAGUAUAAUGGAGGGCCUGGCUCUGUGGAAGAACAACGUGGAUAAACGUUUUGAGGGAAUAGAGGAUUGUAUGAUCUGCUUCUCUGUUAUCCACGGCUCCAACUACUCCCUGCCCAAAAAGGCUUGUCGCACCUGCAAAAAGAAAUUUCACUCAGCGUGUCUGUACAAAUGGUUCACUUCCAGCAACAAGUCCACCUGCCCACUGUGUAGAGAAACCUUCUUCUAACACACGUCUGUUGACCAUUCUGUUGACAUUUCUUCCGUCAGCCAGGACUGGAUCACAUGCAGAAGGUUGUUAAGAAACUCAUCUAUACUAAGGUAUAAUUUAUUACAUCAGAAAAUGAGUGGAAGUUCUCUCUCCAGAGGCUUCUUCUGACUGAAAUGACAGCUGCUGUUUCUCGUCCUCAGUAGAAGUGUCAUCCAUAGUACGGCAAAAUCUAGCGAUGACUAUAUUUUGGCAACUUUUGUGUCCAUGUUCAGUAGCGUGGUUUAAUAAGCUGUCAACUGUUUGUUUAUACCAGUGCUUUGCUGUACUGUAUAAGCGCAGCAUCAGUAGCUCCCUGCUCAUGUUUUUCUGUUAUUAAUGAGUUUUUAUCUUUUUUGUAGACUUAAUUUUUUAUCUUUUGAAACGUGCAGGUGUGUAGAAGAGGCUGAAUCACAAAGUUGGAAAAACCAAAGCAGGCCAGGUGCUUUAGUCAUGUAUAAGCACCUGUUAAAAUUAGCAAUUUACACGACUAAAAAAAAGGAUGGUCAAAGUAAUGCAAUGAAAGGUUUCACAAAUAUUUCCUAAUAUUUAGGAGUGUAAAGAUAUUAUGUCUGAUUUGUGACGUGCCUUUAUGACAUGGUGGAAUCAGGUAUGAAAAGCAGGCAGGAGAAUUUAUCUAGGGAGGUUUUUAACUUCAAAAUGGCAUUGCUCACAAAUAUCAAAACCUGUUAAUGAAGUGUGUCUUCCCCUGUGCCCGCAUAUAGCUGUAAAUUAUGCUGGAAAGUAAAUAAAAUACUGAAAUACUGGUUGGAUAUAAUUAAUGGAACCAAAUUGUCUUUGAUUGAGUACUUGGAGUAGGGGCCAAACAAACUACACAGAAAAAAUGUUAGCCAUGUUCCACACUAAAACUUAAAAUUACACAGAAUUAAUUUGUCAUUUGCAUUUAUACUACUUGCAUGCGUUGCAAACUAAAAUGAACAUUUUUGAGCGCUGAUCUGAGUGUGAUAGAUAUGUGUAUUACUGUCAAUAGUCUGUAAUGGCUUAGUAUUACAACAAAACAGUCUGAUCUGGCAGCCUUACAAGGACCAGACCAAGUUUAGAACAAAGUACAUUUUCCCAGUGACUGAGUUGUGUAAUACAGAACAGUGCGUAUGCAGGGAUAUAUAAAUCUACCACAGAGACUGUUCAUGAAUAUUUCUACUGUCUUGUACAGACUUUUACUCCACAAAGUUUUAUACAUGUGGCCCCAGGUGUAUUGUUAUGCUCAUGAUCAAUUAAAUACCUUUGCCAAAA